AUGGACAAGAGACUCUCACAGGGGUUUCAAGAUAUUCAGAAUGACCUGAACGAUCUAAGAUCCAAUCUCACAAGUGUGGUGCAGGCAGUAGGCGAUCAAGUGACAGCAGAAGUUUCCCAGCGAAUUCAGCAGCAAACUAACGUUUUAUUAGCAGAGUUUCGGCUUUUGCAGGCAGCCCAUUUUAAUGCUGUUCGCUGCAACAGCGACCGGCUGCUUGCCGAAGUUGUUUCACGGCUAGAGGAGAUGGAAGAACGUCUCGCAGCAAGCAUUGGCGACUUGAAGACGGAGAUGCAAGCAGGCUUCUCGGAAUUGCAAGCGCAGAUGGAAGACCUGGGCGACAGGAUCCUUGCAGAGCUGGUGGAGAGCAGUGAAGCGGUGAUCAGCAGCAUCGGCUCCCAGAUCAAUGCAUCCGAAGCGCGAUUGAAGACCUUUAUGACCACCGCCUUGUCCACGGCAUUAGACGCGGCCAGGCAAAACCUGACGCAGGAGAUUUUGCUCUCAGAAGCCCGUCUGGCUGAACACGUGGAGCUUCACGUCGUGAAUGCAAUCAACCAGCUUGAAGCCAGCAACGCCGACCAGACAGCCGAGAUACUAGAGUCUUUGGAGAUCUUGAAGGCGGGGCUGGAGUCCAGGCUGGUAUCGGUGUCGGACGCAGUAUCCGGAGUUCUCCGCGAGCAGAGCCUGAAUGACGCGCUGCACACAGAGCGCCUGCUUGAGGAGUUGUCCGGCAGCGUUGCAGUCGACAUCGCCUCGGCCGCGGCUGCACUGGAUCAUCGAGCUGCAGAGAGGUCAGAGCACUUGGAGGCAGUGCUGGCGAGCGCGAUCUCCAGCAGCACUGGCGUGCAGCAGAACACACUGAAGGCUUUGCAGAUAGAAGUCCAGCGUGGCAACUCACAGGCUAUUGCCUCAACCCAGGAGACUGUCCUUGCCCUCAGCAAUGAAAUUCGACAGCACUUCCAGGGGGUGGAACAGGCCAUGACCGGCAUUGACAGGCUUUCCGAGCUAGUGUCGCAGGAGAUGUCGGACGUCAAUUCCAGGUUGGAUGUGCAGCACGAGUCGAUUCAGCAACUUCAGGACGAUGUCGGAAUCAUCUUGAGGCAGAUUGAUCUGCAGAUGCAAGGCAUUCAGGUUGUGGAAGAUCGCGUUGCAUCUUUGCUGGGUAAUGUGUCUCAGCUGGCGAGGACAGUGCAGAGCGGUCAGCAAAAACUGUCCGAAAUGCUGAGUGCAACGAACAGAAAAAUGGACAAGGUGCUCACACACAUUCGUCGGCAAUCCCGCGAUCUGCGAAACUUUCACAUUCAGGACAUGUUGAGCCAAUUCGAUGAAUCCAGCGUUCUGAUCGAUGGUGCAUUCUUGGACUUCAGCUAUGAGCUGCUGCCCAGGGCGACUGGCGGUGUGCGCAGAGUUAGCAACGCACUUCGACAGUACACCUCCUGCCGCGCCUACUGGUCCGACGUCGUCGGAUCCCUGCGCAGCAAAGACGGGGAUCAGGCUGUUGCCCGCAACCGAUUGCGUGAGAUUUGGGGUACAGUGCGGGAUCGCUUCGUGAUCGCCUCCGGCAUCCUGACAAAGGGGAAUCUGCUCCGCAUCAACUUCGAGACAGUGAGCUUCACAGUGGACCAGGCGAAGAUGUCAGAGUUGCUUCCGGUGGCUGCAGACUCAUGCCAGGCAUACCUUGGCCGUCACGGAGCCUUGGCGAUCCGCCGGCUCUUGCUCGAGGGAUGUACAAUUGUACUGUCUACUGUCACCGAACUGAACAAGUCACCGGAAUAUGCCAAGGAGCAGCUGAAAGCUCAGCCGCUGGCUUUGGCACAGCGUGCCACGGCUUUUUGGCAUGAAGUCAUGGAGAUUCUUCAGCAGUCCGAAGCUCUGGGGAUGACCAUCGCAUCUUCAGAGAGAAGCCUGAUAGAGCGUGCGUACGAAGACUUGCUCCGAGAGAUCUUGUUCUUGCGCGAGAGGUUGGUGACCCCAGCAGAAGGGGGUGUCAACAUGCUGCAGCGAGCCCACAUGGAGAUCUUGAACUCGCAUUUGCCUCAGAUUUGUCCACCUCCUCCGGCAUGUGGCACGGCGAUCUUCACGAAGUAUGCAGAGGACGCCACAGAUGAGUUGGUUGUGUGGGGGACGCGCGCUAGCUCAGCAAACGCAUCCCUUGAGGCGCUCCUGGUCGUGCGCCAGCCCAGCAUUUUGCUGCUGUUGCAAGGCUUGUUCUCCUGGAGUUUUGAUUUGGCGGAUCCGGACACCUGGCCCCGCCAGUUGCCACAAGGCUUCGAGCAAGCAGUGUACUUGUGUGUUCCCAAUGCAGCUGUCUCAGAGGAAUCCUCCGGCUCUGCAAGGCAGAGUCCUCAAGGGUACUCUGCCUUUCGGGCCCCUGGACCAGCAGGCUUCGAGAGUGCCUUCCGCUUCUGCAGCGUCCCUGCCGCUCUUGCGGCGGGCAACCUGCGCUGCAGCUCCCCUGUCGACUUUUCGAUGGUGCCGGUGGACUCCUACACACCUGGAAGUGGUCUUCAGGAAGACAUUUUUGCAGAAUGGGAGGUCGAGGCACGGGAUGCAAAAGUACUCAUUGCCAUCUGUGGCAAUGGUGAAAUCGAAUUUGGAGAGGUUUGCGAUGAAGGACCAUUUGCUUCUGAUGGAUGCUUGUCGUGCCGCGCAGUAGCUCCUGGUUACAAAUGCAAAGCCAACACCAGCUGCACACCUCUCUGCGGAGACGGGCUCCUCUUCGAAGGAAUGGAGGAGUGUGAUGAUGGUGGAAUGUUGCAAGGCUGUUCCACCGAUUGCAAACUGUUGGCGUGCCAGCGCCAGGAAGUUGGGAUCAGUUCACAGUCAUUGAGUGGGGCAAGCUCGACAGAUCAGGAGCUGAUGGCCACGCUGCGCGAGGUGCACCUGGUGCCGGCCAAGGACAGCAGCCAGCGAAUGGAGCUCCAGGGUUACUUCCGCUGCUUCAGUUCCGUGGAUCAAUUUUCCGACAUUGCUGUCGCCUUGGCCGACUGCCGGGGAGCGACGCGGCUGUCGUUCCUUGGAGAAGUCAGCGCUGGGCAGAUGAUUCGGCAUGAUAUGGAGCUGGAGACCGCCUUUGACCCAGUGGGCGACAUGCACUACGAGGCAGGGCCAUACCAGCUUCGAGCCAGAUCCGAGGCAAACGGAACGGAGGUCUUGUUGAGCUGCAAGACUGGCUUCCUGUGGGAGCAGUGCCGCUUUUGGGCCGUGCAGCUAUCCGAAGAGACCAUGCCCACAGCUUUGUCGCUAAGCCAAGAUGGUCUGAGCUCUGAGCCUCUGGAGUUCAUGGAGGGAGCGCUAGAGAUUUGGAUCCCGCCAGACUCAUCGCGGUGGCUUUGUGAGGCUGCCGACCGGCUGCCCUUGAAAUGCGGAGAUGGGAAGCUGGCCGGUCCGGAGGAGUGCGACGAUGGCAACACCGACUCAGGAGAUGGAUGCAGCGCGUCCUGCUUCUCCGAGCCCGGUUUCCUAUGCCCAGAUCCUGGGAUCAGUUGCUCCGAAGUCUGGUGUGGGGAUGGAGUCGCAGGCGACCUUCCAACUCAAUGCGAUGUGGGUUCCGAAAGUUUGGGUUGCCAGUUCUGCGCAGUGAGCUCUGGCUGGCUGUGCCACGAAAAUUGCUCUGAGUCCGAGUCUUUGGCCGCACCUCCAUCCGCUGAAGCGACUGUUGUCAACGUGUCCGAUGACGCAGACUCCGACGACACCUUGGCAUCGGUGUUUUUCAGUCCAGCUCCCGAAUUCUGCUGCUUGCAGGGGCCGAAGCCCAAGAAUUCCAGCUGCAUCUUGGGCCAAGACUGCCAGGUGUUUCUGGAGCUCCCUGGCACCUCCGCCUCAGGACUGCUCAUUACUCCUGGCCUCGGGGUUUGUGGAGACACAGCAAUCAUGACAUGGGACGGACUCUCCAAUCCGUCCCCGGUGGAAAUUCGCGACGGCUGGCAAUUCUUCAAUUUCGGACGGCCACUGACGGUUCCGGUGGGCAACUAUACUCUAUGUUGGGGCCCGGAUCCCGCCGGUCGGUGGGCCUCAGAGGUGUUCAAUCUUCGAGGCCACGACUCGACGAAAUCCGGAGCUCUGAGCAGAAAGGCGACUUACCCUUUCGACGUUGGGCAGCUCAUCCUUGGAGGACCCAAGGCGAAUCAAGUGUUUCAUUGCACGCUGGGCGUCCCCUGCGACAUCGAGCUGGAGGGCUAUCAACUUCCGGCUCAAAGCGCGGUGCUUGCCGUGGCCGGCAGCUGCUCGGACAGCGUGCUUCGACCUGCAAAUGUGGACUACGUGCGGCUUCAGGUGGACAGCGCUGGAGCUUGGGACGGAGACAGGGCACACUUUUUCUGGAACGAUACGGAGAUUCCGGUUGAGGAAGCGUCAGACUUGGUCUUCGUCGUUUUCGACCCAUUCCAGCAGGGCUCCCCGAUUCAUUUUGGAUUCAAUGCCAGCUCCAUGAGAUCCUCAGAUAUCGUGCACGCGCUUCGCAGCGUGGCUGAUCAAUCCCUGGUUCUAGUUGCUGCAAAGGGGUUGGUUUCUCCCUUGGGAACCUUUGCACCUCGGCUCCUUGCACAGCUCACGGCAAUGGGUGCUCAGAAGCUCAGCAGCGAAAGUGCCUACGUCUCCUAUGCCCUUGCGCUGUUCGGAGGACAGGCUCUGGCAGAGCAAGGUGCAGGACCAGGAGAGGGUCCGGCCGUGAUUCAGGAGUUUGUGUCCACCGCGGCUUCCCCCAAAGCGGCAGAGAAGGCCGGACGAAUCCGGUUCGGACAGUUCCGUGGAAGCGCCGGCAUUCUCACCCUUUGCUGGGAGAGCCAGCUGACACGGUGGAGCUCCUGGCGUGGACAGGGCUUCAAGGUGGAUGUGGGCCGCCUCCACGUCGAGGGUCCCUUUCCCGGUAAGUGGACAUGCUUUGCAGGAAGCCCUUGCGCUAUCACUCUGCAGGGCCAGGCUCUGGCAGACUUCGCUAAGAGCGAGAUCACCCUCGAAAGUAGGCCGGGCUCUGGCUAUGCAGUGCCCUCGGAUGGGUCUGAGGACUCCGAUGCCGAAGACAGUCUCGCAGUCAUCGGUUGGCGCCGUGGUCCUUUGGCAGGUCAAGUCCAAGAUAUGGGAGGAGCGGCUUUGGAGUUCUCCUUGGGAGUUGCCUUGGAAAGGAAGCUUGUCGCGCUUGCUGUGUACUGGAGGGCAGCCCCAAGCACGAAGUGGACUUUCAUCGGCAAGCUUCAUCUUCAAGAGCAUGUUUGCCGUCUUGUGGAGGAAGGGCCUGGAGAAGCUCACAAUUGUUCAGACGUCCCCUUCGGAGCCUCGUGCGUGAGUCGAUGUUUGGCUGGUUGGACAGGGUCUGUCAACACUCUCGUCUGCGAAGCCGAUGGGCAGCUGACAGGAUCACAGCCAGAUUGUCGAGAAAGCCGAUGCGAAUCUGUGUCGCUGCACGCGUUCAAGGAGCAGGAGGAGUGCAGAUGUUCUUCGGGCUUUUUUGGAAACAUCUCGUGGCAGCAAGAUCUGCAGAUGUACAUGGGAAGCUGCCGGAGUUGCCAAGAUGCACUACUCGCAUGCGAGGCGGGCCAUUUUCGAGAUGGUUGUGGUGGACCGUUUGUGGGCGAGUGCAAGCCUUGUGUUGGUCUGGCGCUUGGGAACUAUUUCACUUCGCACGGAGGUUUGCAGUCGACCGGCUGCCUGCAGGGCAGCUGUGUGAGGUGCGCAGUCGGCCAGUACACUUCUGGAUGUGCAGGUACAUCUCCUGGAGAGUGCAAGCCCUGCACCAAUGCUCCCAACGCCACGCCUCCAAGCAAUUAUUACAGCAGCAACGGGGGGGUCACUGGGCAGUGCGCUCUUGCGGACUGCCUGAGAAACUGCCCCGUCGGCCAGUAUCGCAAAGACUGCGGGGGCACGUCGCCGGGCUUCUGUGCCAUGUGCGCUCGGCCUCCCUCCGGCCGCUUCCUCAGCUCCUCCGGUGGCCUCGAGGAUGCCUGCGAGACAUCUCCGUGUCCGGAGUGCUUGCCAGGGUUCUACCGCACGGGAUGCAGCAUGGCAGAUGAAGGGGCCUGCGUGCCGUGCUCCAAUGGGCCAGGCGAAGGUUUCUACUACACCACUCAUGGCAGCACCCGCAACAACUGCAGCUUCACUGCUUGCAGUGAUUGUGCCGUGGGCUGGUACCGACGAGGAUGUGCAGCGAGCUACUCGGGAGAGUGUCACCCGUGCACAUUUAAGCCGCCGGAAACUUACUACAGUGGCCACGGAGGAGUAAGAAAUCAAUGUCCCUACAGUGAAUGCGGCAAAGGACCCGAUGAGUGCCCUUUGGGACAGUACAGGGACAACUGCGGCACCAUGAACGACCCUACCAACUCUGGCAUUUGCAAGAAUUGCACUGAACGUGCUCAGAACCACUACUUCACCGGCCAUGGAGGCACUUCUCCGCGCGGUUGUCCACAAGAACCUUGCCAGGCGUGCAGUGUCGGAUUUUUCCGACUUGGCUGCGGCAUGGGCGGUAUCAAUCCAGGCAGCUGCGAGCCAUGUCGACACACAGCAGACCACUAUUUUACCAGUCACGGUGGGUUGGUCCUUGAGGUUGGUGAAGGCGUGGUGCCAGCGGAGUGCCCGCAAGCCUCGUGCUGGAAUUCCAGUAGCAACUGCCCAGCGGGCUAUCGGCUCGGAGGCUGCGGUGAAGAUGAACAUCAUGUGUCUCCUGGCAACUGCCUACCGUGCGGUGCCGGAACAUACACAAGCCGGGAGAAUUGGCACGAGCCUUGCCUUGUUUGUGAUGCGGGUUACUUCUCAUUGCGUGGAGCUACAGCCUGUUCGGCAUGUCCAUCAGGCAAGUUCACAGAUUCUGAAGGCCAGUCUGCUUGCAGCUGGUGCAUCGGGGGCAGCACCAACACAGAACCGCCAAGGACGAGUUGCACAGAGUGUGAGGAUGGGAAAUUCAAUCCAGUCGAAUCACGAAUAGACGAAUGCCAAGAGUGCAUCGGAGGUGAAGUUCGUCGGCGUUCAGUCAGGCCUGGUGCUGUAGACUGCACAGAAUGCAUUGUGGGCUACUUCGACAAUGACACAUCCGAUGGCGAAAACUGCACUCAGUGCAUCGGGGGCGAGGUCCGACGGCGGCGGGCUACUUCAUGCGAGGGAACUCUACCAGGCAUGUACAACGAGGGAGACCGCGACGAGGCGAGAGAGUGCAUUGGUGGUUGGGUCCAGCGUCGCCGUUACAGCAAUAGCUGCACAGCAUGCGAAGACGGCUUUUGGGACGAAGCCGCCAGGGACCGCUCCGAAUCCGACCCUGACGACUGCCAGCGCUGCAUCGGAGAGGCUCGACGGCGAACGGUGGGCCAACGUACCUUCACUGCGACGCAGUGCGAUGCUUGCGAUCCGGGCAAGUACAACGAGAGAGCUGGCGUUUCAGACAACUGUUCGCAAUGCCAUGGCAACAUCGUGGAUGACGGCGGUGGCUGCAGCAUGUGUGAGCCCGGAACCUACAAGAGUGCAGCUGAGAGCUCCUCAGAUGUAUGUCUUCCUUGUUUGGGCGGGCGGGUGGUGGGUCGCCGCUCUGCCGAUGAAUACUCGACUUGCGAACCUUGCCCAGCAGGACAGUACAAGCAGUACAAAGAUGGAGACGGAGACCAUUGCGAAGCGAUUCCAGCAGGCUACGAGGUCCAGCGUCCGAAGCCACACCCUUGGAGUGAGCCAGGCCAAUUAGUCGAGUGCAGUCCUGGCUGGGCAUCGUCGGGCAAUCCAGACCGAGACCAAGAUGCCUGUGGAACUUGCGCAGGGUACGGAGUAAGCCUCGACAGCCGGCGCCUGCGUGUUGCCUGUAAUGCAGCUCGCUGUGGAGCUGGCCGGUACAACGACGGAACGUUCGAUGACUGCGAGAUUUGCAAUGGCGAUGUACAGCAAAACAGCAAAUUUUGCCAACCAUGCGACAGUAGCAAGAACAAAUAUGAUCCUGGCCCAGGGCUUGGCUGUCAGGACUGUCGUGGUGGCACUGUCGUGGAUGGAGAGUGUGAGCUGUGCAAGUUGGUUGAUCCGUAUUACCAGUUCAGGCCGGACAAUGAGGACAAUUGCCGGAACUGUUACGGAGGAGUAGUCGAGCAGAGUUUGAGAACUGCAUGCGUAGCCUGCCAAGUGGGCACCUUUGUACCGCAUGGGACGAACGCCUGUGUCAAUGGUAUGACGUGCCAGAUCAGCGACGACCGCACACAGUGCACAGCCUGUCUGCCUGGGCGGUUCAAGUAUGACACGACGGGCGAUGACUGCGAUGCUUGCAAGCCCGGCCACACUGGACAGAACUGUGAGCUCUUUGAGUCCGAUACGCCUGAGUGUGAGGAUGACAUCUACAAGAAAGCUUCGCACUGCACGCAGCAGUACGGGAAGCAGUACUAUGCGCGCACUGUCUGUUUGGAUGAUUUUUGCCCGGAACGUGGUGAUGGUCACGCGUGGUGUGUAGCGGACGGUUACACAACACCGUCGGUGUGCGCCACUCCGGAAGGAUACUUUGACACUCCUCCCACAUGCAUGUAUCUCAAGGCCUGCCGAACCUUCACGGGUCAUACAUGCGAGGAAAAGACUUGCUUUGGCAUGAUUCGCAAAUACAGCUGCAGACGUUGCUGA